UAGCUCCCUUUUUCACUUUUUUUUUUUCACUGUUUUUGUUUGUUUUCAAGAGGGAUGGCGAGCGCUUCUCAACGGAGACUGAUCAUCUACAUUCUCGGCUUGGCGCUCUUUGUCGCGCUCGGCGUGAAUGUUGUCUGCAACAUGCGAAAGGCGCGGGUGGAUCGCCCGUGGACGCAGAGCCAGCCGACGUUUGUGCGCCGCGCACGACCGGGCGUGUCGCCCAAUGAGGACGGAAUUGCGCCGUCGUUCCGCAUGGCCGCGUGCGAGUGUCCGCGUCCUGCGACGGCGAUCGGGCGGAAGGGACUGGGCGACAACGGCGACGAGGUCCGCGACUACCCCGCUCGCCAGUGCCCAACGCACGCGCCUGCCGCUCCCGCUGACGGCCUGACUGCUCAGCAGGCGCUGCAGCUGGCCGCCAACCAGAAGCCGGCGUUCGAGUUUGCAGGUGGGCCGCCGCUCGCCGCCGCCGCGCGCGCACUCCCCAACGAGCCUGCGUGGCAGACCAGCGACGUCUUCCUCGUCCGCCGCGAAGGCCACCUGCUCCCGCGUCGCAACGGAGUCAAGCUCGUGGUUGGCAUUCCGACGCUGGCUCGCCCGGAAAACAAGUCGUAUCUGAGCGAAACGCUGCGCUCGCUGAUUGCGCGCUCUUCGCAAGAGGAGCUGGACGCCAUGCUCAUUGUCAUCUUCCUGGCUGACAUGGACAAGAACAAGGCGAUGGCCAUCUACACGCAGUUCAUCCACCCCGAGUUUGAGCCGUACGUGCGCGACGGCCUGAUUGACGUGAUUACGGCCAAGAAGAGCGCCUAUCCCGUCUACCCAACGCCCCUGCCACGCCGCACCUUCAACGACCCGGAAGACCGUGUCAAGUGGCGCUCCAAGCAGUGCUUUGACUUUGCCCUGCUGAUGGAGUACAGCAAGGGUCGCGGCGACUACUAUCUCCAGCUCGAGGACGACGUCCUCGCGGCGGACAACUUUGCGUCGAGCAUUCUGGCUGUCGUGGACGAGUCUUCGUACAUGAAUCCGCCGUGGUCCAUGCUCGAGUUUUCCCGGCUCGGCUUCAUUGGCAAGCUCUUCCGCGACACGGAGCUGCUGGAAAUGGCCGCCAUGUUCCGCUUCUACCACUACGACCAGCCUGUUGAUUACCUGAUGACCUACUUUAUCCAAAUCAAGACCCAGGGGUCGCGCUUGCUCACCAAGUACGCGCUGUUCCAGCACAUUGGCACGCAAUCGACGCUUCCCGGCAAGAUUCAACGCCUGACCGAUCCCUCCUUCCGCCAGGACGGCGAGACGGGUGGCAUUGAUGAUUCCGUCAACGACGCGCUCCCCAUGGAUCGCAGAAACUGGCCACGCAAUCCCCCGGCGGUCAUCAAGACCAACAUUGAUCACUACUCAAACUUUGAUCCGCGCCCCUGGUACAACAACCGUCGCGUGUUCUGGGCACCAGUGCACAAGGGGUCGUACUUUAUUGUGCAGUUCAACAUGCCGUUGAAGAUUUCCCAAGUCCUCAUUCACACGUCCCACCCCACGAAGCCCGCCGAUCUGGUUGAGCAUGGCGCGCUCGCGAUUGCCACCGACGCCGCUGUCAGCGACUUUCGCGAGGUCCUCUCCGCCAGCGGUCCCAAGUUUGAGUGGACGUCGCAGGAUAGCCGACUCAUUACUGGGCUCAAGUUUACAGUCACAGCAGACCAAGGCUCUUGGGCUGUGUUUUCGCGGAUAACAAUCAUUCCGGCAAAUUAGGAGGUUGGCGUGUGUAACACCAGGAGCUGUUACGUUUUGUUCACGCAUGCCUAAAUUAUUUUUUGCUUGUCGUUUGGCUUGUAUUUGUGCCUUUUGUUUGUUUCCGGUGUAAUUUAAGGAAUUAGAUGUCGAAAGG